UUGUUUAUAUUGUCUGUCAUGUGGAGUAUAAGAGUUGGAGUGGAUCCAUUUUCAGAGGUGAUGGACUUGUUAGAUCGCUGCAAACAGGAUUUGGAGGAUAUACGCUGGUACCAGUUGGUUGGAAGUGCAGGUUGAAUGACCAUGCUGCUCCAGGGUCUGUCUGUUUGUGCUAGACUCCCUUUGGGUCCCCGGACUCAACACACCACCAUAUGCCCUCGCCUUACCAAAGCAUUGACACAAGUGUGCCUGGUGCAGGCCAACAGUAUCUCAUUUGCCCACCGCGGGGAGCUCUGCCAAGCCAAGAGGAUUGUGGUCAAGCUGGGCAGCGCCGUGGUCACCCGGGGGGAUGAGUGCGGCUUGGCACUGGGCAGGCUGGCCUCCAUUGUGGAGCAGGUGGCCAUGCUGCAGAAUCAGGGCAGGGAGAUGAUGAUUGUCACUAGUGGGGCCGUGGCCUUCGGCAAGCAGAGACUGAGGCACGAGAUUCUGCUUUCACAGAGCGUCCGACAGGCACUGCACUCUGGACAGAACCAGCUCAAGGACGUGUCUGUUCCUGUCCUGGAGGCAAGGGCCUGUGCAGCAGCUGGGCAGAGUGGUCUUAUGGCCCUGUAUGAGGCCAUGUUCUCUCAGUACAGCACCUGCACGGCCCAAGUCUUGGUCACCAACCUGGACUUCCACGACGACCAGAAGCGGCGGAACCUGAACAGCACCCUGCAGGAGCUGCUGGGCAUGAACAUAGUUCCCAUUGUCAACACCAACGAUGCGGUGGUGCCUCCGCCUGAGCCGAACAGCGACCUCCAGGGGGUAAUCAGUAUAAAGGACAAUGACAGUCUGGCUGCACGACUGGCCGUGGAAAUGAAGGCUGACCUGCUCAUCGCUCUCUCUGAUGUAGAAGGACUGUACGAUAGCCCUCCAGGAACAGAUGACGCCAAACUAAUUGACAUCUUCUACCCUGGCGACCAGCAGUCGAUCACCUAUGGAACGAAGUCCAGGGUGGGAAUCGGAGGCAUGGAGGCCAAGGUCAAGGCUGCCCUGUGGGCCUUACAGGGGGGCACUUCUGUGGUCAUCGCCAACGGAACCAACCCCAAGGUGACUGGGCACGUCAUCACUGACAUUGUGGAAGGCAAGAAAGUGGGCACCUUCUUCUCUGAGGUCAAGCCGGCCGGGCCCACUGUGGAGCACCAGGCUGAGAUGGCCAGGAACUCCGGGAGAACCCUGGCAACGCUACGCCCGGACCAGAGAAGUGAGAUCAUCUGUCGUCUGGCAGACAGGCUGGUCGAGAAGGAGGAGGAGAUCCUUGCUGCUAACAAGAUUGACAUGGAGCUAGCAGCCAAUGAAGGUAAACUGUCAGCAGCCCUGCUGAAUCGCCUGAGCCUGUCUCCGGCCAAGCUGGGCAGCCUAUCUACAGGGCUGAGACAGAUAGCCGUGGCCUCUCAGGACAGCCUUGGCAGAGUGCUGCGUAGGACCAGGUUGGCCCACAACUUAGAGCUGGAGCAGAUCACCGUGCCCAUAGGAGUACUGCUGGUCAUCUUCGAGGCUCGCCCUGACUGCUUGCCCCAGGUAUCCUCUCUGGCCAUAGCCAGUGGUAAUGCUCUGCUAGCAAAGGGGGGCAAGGAGGCGGCCAACACCAACCGGAUCUUACACGAGCUGACCCAGGAAGCACUGGACAUCCACGGGGUCCAAGAAGCUGUACAGCUGGUGAGUACACGGGAGGAGGUGGAGGACCUGUGCAGACUGGAUGAAAUGAUUGACCUGAUCAUCCCUCGUGGCUCAUCCCAGUUGGUCAGGAACAUCCAGAGGGCAGCCAGGGGCAUUCCAGUGCUGGGUCACAGUGAGGGCAUCUGCCAUGUGUAUGUUGACUCUGAGGCCAACGCAGACAAGGUCAUUAAGAUCGUCAGGGACUCAAAAUGCGACUACCCUGCAGCCUGCAAUGCUAUGGAAACUCUACUGGUACACAGGGACAUCCUCAGCACCCCUGAGUUCGACCAGAUCAUAGACAUGCUUCGUACUGAGCAGGUGAAGAUCCACGCGGGCCCCAGGUUUGCCUCCUUCCUGACCUUCAGGCCGUCGGAGGUCAAGUCCCUGAGGACGGAGUAUGGGGACCUGGAGUGCUGCAUCGAGGUGGUGGACAGCAUGCAGGAGGCUGUAGACCACAUCCACAGAUACGGGAGCUCCCACACUGACGUCAUUGUUACUGAAAACGAGGACACAGCGGAACAGUUCCUGCAGCAGCUGGACAGUGCUUGUGUGUUCUGGAACACCAGUUCGCGGUUCUCCGAUGGCUACCGCUUUGGACUCGGCGCUGAGGUGGGCAUCAGUACUGCUCGCAUCCACGCGCGGGGUCCCGUGGGCCUGGAUGGUCUACUCACCACCAAGUGGGUCCUGAGGGGAAACGGCCACACCGCAGCAGACUUCUCCGAACAGGGCACCAUGAAGUACCUCCACGAGAACCUACCGGUAACACCACCACGGCCCAGACAGACAGCUGCCCAGAGUGAAGACUGACCGAUGAGCUCCAAUCCGAGGCGCACCCAUAACACACUCAACCUCGUCCCCGAGAAAAGCUUUUCCUGGCACCAAAGAGACACUUGCUUUGUCAUUCAAAAUCAGUCUGUAGUGGAGUGACAUUGAUUUUAAUUCUACCUCACCUCUUAAAACUUUAAACUCAGCAUUCAGUUGUUCAUGGUCCCUGCUUGUGACCAAUCAGUGAAUCGACUCACAAUUGGUUACAUUGAUUCUGCUGCAAAUCAAUACAGGGAAUACCCUGAAGUUACAAAUUCAUUUGUUUCCUAUACUUUUCAAUUAUAAAACAAUUAGAAUUGAAAUUACAAUUUUGUUUACUUUCGGAAUUGACUGGAGCUGUACUGGAAUAGAACCCAACCCCGCCCUUGUCUGUCUGUAGGUCAUACAUCAGUGAUUUAGAUUGUAGUUGCUCUAUAGUUCUUUGAUUUGUUAAGAUUAUCCUCUCCAGAAUUCUGAAUUUACACACCUAGUCAAUUCUUGUUGAUUGGCCUGUUGUGCUUUGUUCUUAUGAACAGAGAUUAACAUGUUUAGUCGCUAUGCUAGGUUUAAGGCUAAUGUGUAAUUUAAAUAGUUAAAUAGUGACGUUUCUCUUCAUGGCCACAUUACCUUUGUCUUCAUGGCCACAUCGUUACUGCAUUGUUUGCAGUUCCCCCAACACAGUGCUUAUUUUUAUGCACCUAA